UCAUGGUGUUGAAAAACCUAACAAACCCUAUAAAAUCCCUCCACAGCCAACUUCAUCUUCCUCACAAUCCUUUGCCAUGGCAUUAUCCUCACAGCCUUUCAUCUUCCCUGGUACCCAAUCAACUGUUCUACCUGACCCAUCUGCCUUUUUUGCUCCUCAUCUCCUCUCGAACCCUUUGCCCACUAAUUCUUUCUUCCAAAAUUUCGUACUCAAGAAUGGUGAUCAACCUGAAUUCAUACACCCAUAUAUCGUCAAAUCGUCGCUUUCAUCCCUCACUCUUUGUUACCCAUCUCAGUUCCACAAUCCGGCUUUUAUUUACCAGACUUUUAUUGCUGAUCUGACCAUCAGAGCGUUGAAUAAUCCCAAUCCAAAUGCACCCCAUGUAAUUUCAUCCUUUGAUGAUCUUAGUGUCACAUUAGACCUUCCCUCUAGCAAUCUUAGGUUCUUUCUUGUUAAAGGUUCCCCAUUUAUUACGUGUAGUGUUAUUGAAAAUGUAGCGAUAUCGAUUUCCACAAUUCACGCCAUUCUUCAAUGUUCCCCCAAUGGUAAUCGUACUAAAUAUACUAUCAAGCUCAACAAUGGGCAAACUUGGGUUUUGUAUGCUUCAUCCCCAAUUGAUUUGAGUAAUGAUGUAUCGUCUAUCACGUCUGGUGUGUUUUCGGGUAUUAUUAGGAUUGCUUGUUUGCCAAAUUCUGAUCAAACAAGUGAAGCAGUUCUUGAUCGUUUCAGUUCUUGUUAUCCUACAAGUGGUAAUGCGGUUUUCAAGCAGCCAUUUUGCGUGGAGUACAAGUGGGAAAAGAAGGGAUGGGGUGACUUGCUUAUGCUGGCUCAUCCCCUCCAUCUUCAGCUCCUUUCUGCUGCGGAUAGCUCGGUAACUGUCUUGGAGGGUUUUAAGUACAAUAGUAUUGAUGGUGAGCUUGUUGGUGUUGUUGGAGACUCAUGGAUAUUGAAGAGUGACCCUGUUUCUGUAACAUGGCAUUCCAUUAAAGGUGUUAAGGAGGAGGCAUGUUUAGAAAUAAUUGAUUCGUUGAAUAAGGAUGUUGCUGCCUUGGAUUCAAAGGGAAUAUCUACAACAUCAUCUUAUUUUUUUGGAAAAUUGAUUGCAAGAGCAGCAAGGCUGGCAUUGAUUGCUGAAGAGGUUUGUCACCUUGAUGUUAUCCCGGCAAUCCGCAAAUUCUUGAAGGAUACAGUUGAACCAUGGUUGGAGGGGACUUUUCAAGCAAAUGGUUUCUUUUAUGAAUCAAAAUGGGGUGGAAUUGUGACUAAGCAAGGGGCGUUGUAUUCGGGAGCUGACUUUGGUUUUGGGGUCUAUAAUGAUCACCAUUUUCAUAUUGGUCAUUUCCUUUAUGCAAUUGCAGUGCUAGCCAAGAUAGAUCCCAUCUGGGGGAGGAAGUAUAAGCCACAAGCUUAUGCACUUAUGGCGGAUUUUAUGAAUUUAAGCAGGCGAUCAAAUUCAAAGUAUGCCCGGUUGAGGUGUUUUGACUUGUGGAAGCUGCACUCUUGGGCUGGGGGAUUGACAGAGUUUGCUGAUGGACGAAACCAGGAGAGUACAAGUGAAGCAGUUAAUGCAUACUAUUCAGCAGCUUUAAUGGGUUUGGCCUAUGGGGAUACCCAUCUUGUUGCCAUUGGAUCGACCCUUUCAGCUUUAGAGAUUCAUUCUGCACAGACUUGGUGGCAUGUGAAAGAGGGAAGCACUUUAUAUGGGGAAGAAUUCACAAAAAACAACAGGGUGGUGGGUGUUUUAUGGUCUAACAAAAGGGAUAGCGGCCUUUGGUUUGCUCCACCUGAAUGGAAAGAGUGUAGACUUGGAAUUCAGGUCUUACCAAUAUUGCCCAUUACUGAACUUCUGUUUUCAGACGUGCAGUUUGUGAAGCAGUUGGUCGAAUGGACACUGCCAGCUCUGGCAAGGGAAGGGGUUGGAGAAGGUUGGAAAGGGUUUGUGUAUACUUUGGAAGCAAUAUAUGAUAAAGUGGGUGCUUUGAACAAAACUAGGAGCUUAACUGGGUUUGAUGAUGGAAAUUCUCUUUCAAAUCUUCUAUGGUGGAUUCAUUCUAGAGAUGAUGAAGUGGGGAAAUCUGAUAGAGGAAGCAAGUUUUGCUGGUUCAGACACUACUCUCAUUGAUUCUUUUACGGUGUGUUACAUUUGAGUGUUCUCAAUAUGAUC